ACUGUCAUUCGGCUUGCAUCAAACGAAACGUCAAAAGGCCAGCUGUUCCUGUGCUUUGUUUAUUUUCAAUUUGGAAGAAAAUACACCAAUCGUUUAUCGCUCACAUCCGAGAAAAUGGGACUUCCCGAUUUACCGGGCCAGCCGGAAGACGAUAGCGCCUUUACGAUGGACGAAAACAAUACCGUACACCUGGAACCCUUGAGCGAAGAUGAAAGUGACAACGAAUCCAUGGAUGCGAACGGCUAUGCCGACUAUCAACCAUUGAACAUGGACGAACUGAAUCACCCAAAUCGGAGGCCGUCCCUAAUGGAGGAUGAAGCGGAAUCGGGUGUCGGGGAGGGAGAAUCGGUCGGGUUGGAUGGAGCGAAUAACAGCAUCAAUGCAGAUUUUCUCAACGUAGACGUCUGGAAUGCACCACGGCCCAAUGAGUUAAACAUCGAGCUGGAUUCUUCCAAAGCCGCUGAGAUAGUGAACGUGAUGGCCGGCAUAAAACUGCCCACCACAGCCGUGCCGGAGUGGGCCCGCGGAGUGCCGGAAGAAGAAUGGAAGGAAAAUUUACUACAGCGAAUUCGCCAACGACAGCAAACGGAUGUUGACGAUGGAUGUAGCACCUCCUUCACAGUGGGAAGCAGUUGCCCGACGAUACCCAAUAGCAGUAGUAGUAGUAGUAGUGGUGCUGGUGGUGGUUCAAGUACUAGAACGUGAUUUAUACGCCAUACAUACGAUUCAUGCCAAUAAUAGCGUCAGCUUUCAUUCCCACGUUCCCCCCACUCCCCCAAUUCCAUGCCACGGAUCUCACACAGCAACGGCAUUGAUGCUUGAUGGUAAUGUUUAAAAAAUGGUGAAUUGAAUUGGCUCAACCACCUUCUGUUUCCACGUUGCAUCCUGGAAUCCUUCGUUGAAUACAAUAAAGCGCACAGUGGGCUCACAUUGGCCCGGCAAGCCGGCAAA